AUGUUCCAUGACACUCUUCCCAUGCUCGCUUCUCCUCUCCUCCGCAUAGCUCUCCUUCGCUUCUACCGCGCCUGCUUACCCUUCUCCGCCUGCCGCCCCCCCUCUGCUUGUCUCAUCUCACGCCGCAUCCCCGCCGCCACGCCACCCCUUAUCGCCCACAUUGUCUCCCAGUCAGAGCCAGACUCAAAGGCCACGCAUCGUCCCGCCAUCCCUUACCGCCUGCAUCGUCCCACCACCCCAUUAUCGGCAUCGUCCCGCAAUCCCGAUUCCCCUGAACCUCGCGCGUCACGCCAUCUCCGCCACGGCUUGCGCCUGCGCGCUCCCCUUCGCCCGCCACGCCUGCGCCAGAAGGCCGGCCCGCGGCGACGCGGCGGCGGCGGUGGACCGAUCCGCGGCGCGCACUGCCGCCGCAACUGGUGGGUGGGCGCUCUCUCCACCUCGCCCUGCCCAUCCAUCCGCGCACCUGCGCCAUCCCUAACGCGAUCGUGCCUCGCCGUCGCGCCCGGGUGUCGCAACGUGCGGCGGCCCCGACGCGGAGAGCCGAGAGCAGCGGGGCAUGGGGCGGCAAGGGGCGGACGUGGUGGUGGCAGUGCCGCUGACGCCAUGAUCUCGCGCUGGCGCAAGCGGUGA